CGAGUAACAAGCAUAUUCAUUACAUUUGAUAAUAGAUUCAGUGCAAAAAUCAUCUGUUAACAAAAUGGCAUCAAAUCAGAUUGAGAAAAUUGUCAGUUUAUAUAAAACAUUGGCACGAAAUCCAUCCUUGAGCUGUGCAAAAAUUCUUCGAGUUACAGACAAUGGAAUAUCAAUCUUAAGUGGAUGGUCACAGAGAAAUUUAGAGAGGAAGACAAAUCAGAAAUUUUGUCAGAAUUAUAUCUUAGAUUCAAAAUUGCAAGUCCAGUCUGAAAAUUUUCCUAUUGAUGUUACAACAGAACUUUUAUCUGCAUCCACUGAAGAUGAACAGCGAAGGGCUGUAUUAAGGCAAGCUGUGGUUGAAAACAGUACAAAACAAUUUAUCGAAAUCUGGGAUAAGCAGAGACUUGUAAAGAACUAUGAUCUAACUGCUUUAGAUGUACAUGGAGAUGUGUACACAGAUUCUGAAUUCGCUUCAUUCGAAUGGUCUCCAGAUAAGACAAAGAUUCUGUACAUUGCAGAAAAGAAACUUCCAAAAUCAGAACCAUUUUAUAAGCAAAAACCCCUUAACAAAAAAGAUAAGGAGAAGAAGGAGGAAGACGAAGUAUCGGUGGGUAAUGAGUACAUCUACAAGGCUCAUUGGGGAGAGCAAUUGAUAGGUAAGCAUCGUCCAGUGGUUGCAGUUCUCGACACAACCUCAGACACGAUUUCAGCUCUCUCUGGUAUACCAGAUGAACUAUCGCCAGCUCAAGUGCUGUGGAUGAAAGACAAUCAAGGUGUAGUUGGUGUAGCAUGGAAACACGAGCCAAGACAUUUAGGUCUAAUUGCAUGCACUAACAGACUGUCUUGGAUAUUCCUAUUGAAGGAUGGAGAUUAUAAAAAGCUUUCCAGUGACGGUUGUGCUGUUCGUUGUCCCAGACUCAGCCCUGAUGGGAGAUAUCUGAUAUGGUUGGAAAGAGAAGCGGGUGGCGCACAUCACAAUGCUCACAGAUUAAUGCAUUUUGACUUUGAAACUGGAAAACAGAAGGCUGAUACACUUGUAGACAUUGUAUCUACAAAUAUAGCUAUUAAAAAUACCGAACAAUUUUAUGGUUUAUACGGCCGUUUACCACGUCGAUGUUGGAGCAACGAUUCACAGUACAUAUUCUUGAGCACACCACAACAGAAUAACAUACGUUCCUACAUCAUUGACAUAAAUGCGAAAACCGUAACGGAGAUCCAAAAUGACAAAAGCAGCCUAAAUAUUUUAGACGUGAAGGAUGACAUCAUUGCGUUUUUGGAAACGUCCCUUCUUGAACCCUCUGUUCUCACAGUAGGAAAAUUUACUCCAGAAGUAGUUAGUAGUGGUACUAUACCAAGAAGUAAAAUUUCAACUUUGACAACAAUUCCUGAUUCUGAAAAUCUAAUGUACGAACUCUGUGAUUUUGAUUACGAUAGUAAUGAAGAAGUUAAGCACUUCAACUUCAUUUAUUUUGGUCCGAAGGGUGGCGAUGACAAAUCUGUACCUUUCAUCGUUACACCCCAUGGUGGGCCACAUGCUAACUAUGCAAACCAAUUUGUACUAGAUUAUUGCCUAUUUGUAUCGUCAGGCUUCGCUGUUGUGCAAGUUAACUACCGUGGUUCAACAGGCAUGGGUUCGAAAAAUGUUGAAUAUCUUCAAGGAAGAGUUGGAGAUAUUGAUGUGAAAGAUUGCGUAACUGCUACAAAAGAGGCUUUAAGAAGAUACCCAUGGUUGAAUCCAGAUGAGAUAGGAAUCAGUGGCGGUUCUCACGGUGGAUUUUUAGUAACUCAUCUAAGUGGCCAAUAUCCAGACCUGUACAAAGUUGUUGUUGCGAGGAACCCAGUAAUUGACAUCGCUGCUAUGUUCACGAUAUCAGAUAUACCAGAUUGGUGUGCCGCUGAAGUGAACUAUCCUUUCGACGAAAGCACGCGAGUGACAGAGUCCGAUCAGGUUGAAAUGCUGGUGAAGAUGUUCAAAUGUUCUCCGAUCAUUCACGUUGGCAAAGUGAAAGCUCCAACUUUAUUAUGCAUUGGCUCAAACGAUUUACGUGUUCCACCGUCUCAAGGGAAACUGUGGUAUCAACGUCUCAAAGCAAAGAAUGUUAAGACAAAAAUGCUUCUUUAUGAGGACAAUCAUCCUCUGGCGUCAGGACCAGUUGAAAUUGAUAAUGUUAUAAACGCUUGUUUGUGGUUGCAUGAACAUAUCACAAUUGAAAAAAACGGGGGUAUAAACUCGCAAGAAUAAACAUGU